CUUGGAAAAUAUUAUUCUUGCAAUUUUUGCAAAUUAAAUUCACUCCAUUUGAAUGGGGCUCGCUGUUUCUUUAAGCAAGCCGCGCCCCUUUGACAUAGGUGGGCGUGGUUACGGCUGAGGCUCCGCCCCGCGAUUCCCUUUGCUAAAGAGGUGGGUAGUGUCAGCAAAGCAUUAAGCACGGCGCACACCCUCCAGUCGGCCGGGGCGGGGUUUCGCCGUCCUUAACCCCCUGUGCCCUUUGUGUUCGCGCUGCUGUUUCUGUUUCCAUUGCCCAAUGUGCCGCCUCUAGAUCCCUGUCAGUCUCGCAGACGCUUCCCAGCCUCGCAUUGUCUGGCCGGCGAAGAGAGAGAGAGGGGGAGCGCUGCACUUGUGCUGAACAUCUCCUCACACAGGAGACCUGUGACUGAAGAGCUGCUGGAGAGAAUAAGCUCCCUAUUCUGUUAUAUGCCUCAGUCCAUGUGUGACUUUUAACAGCGCUGGAAGAUACUAAUGAAGGCUUCGGAGGGGGGAUUGGCUUCCCCUAGAAAUAAACAGCUCUGUUAUUAUUAUCACUGGCAUGUAUGAUACAGCUGCUGGAGCAGCCACAUUGCCUCUUGCUUUUCCUCACACACGCCAGCAUGGACAUGGAAGGGCUUCCGUAAGGGAAUAAGUAGCAGUUUGUAUCCCCUGUUGUAAGCGAGGAAAGCUGAUCCCACAGCCAUUCUCCUGGAAUGUAUUGUGCCCUGCUCCGAGCAGACAGCUGGAUAUAAAGUCGUCUGUCCAUAUCCCUCUCUCCCCCCCUCCUGCGUUUACAGUUGUCUCCUGCACGCCUGUGCCCAACUUCCACCGUCCCUCGCCAUGUUCCGUCUCCCGUUGCUCUGCACUUGUGCUUUUGUGUGGCAGCUGCUGGCUGCGGCUUCGACGCUCGAGAUUGGGCUGUACGACGGGGAGAGGGGGAGAGAAGCCAAGUGUGAGCCUAUACAGAUUCCCAUGUGCCAGGGUAUUGGCUACAACAUGACCAGAAUGCCCAACUAUGUGGGUCACGAGUCUCAAGAAGAAGCGGCGGCAAAGCUUCAGGAGUUUGCCCCUCUGGUAGAGUAUGGCUGUCAUGUGCACCUCAGAUUCUUUCUGUGCUCUCUUUAUGCUCCUAUGUGUACUGAGCAGGUGUCCAGCUCCAUCCCAGCCUGCAAGCCUAUGUGUGAGGCAGCGCGGCAAAAGUGUGCCCCGAUCAUGGAAAGCUUCCAGUAUGUAUGGCCAGAAUCCUUGGACUGUAACCGUCUUCCCAGCAAAAACGACCCACAUGCUCUGUGCAUGGAAGCUCCUGAGAACGCCACAAACGGAGACCCUCCAACCAACGGCAACGGCAUGUUGCCUGUUGCUCCGCGACCUCCACGUCCAUCGGGUCCUGGGAUAGGCAUUUCAAGCCGCUGUGCAAACCCUGACAAGUUCAUGUAUGUGGAGAGAAGCGGUGUAUGUGCUCCAAGAUGCAUCCCUGGAGUGGACGUGUAUUGGUCUUCUGGAGACAAGGACUUUGCCCUGGUAUGGAUGGCGGCCUGGUCUGGUCUAUGCUUUAUUUCCACUGCUUUCACAGUUUUUACUUUCCUCCUACAUCCCCAGCGUUUCCAGUAUCCAGAGAAACCCAUAAUAUUUCUAAGCAUGUGCUAUAAUGUUUACUCGACUGCCUUCCUUAUACGUGCCGCUGCUGGGGCACCUAGCAUAGCUUGUGAUCAGGAAGGAGGUGCCCGGUAUCUUAUCCGAGAGGGCCUGGAGAGCAGUGGUUGCACACUUGUCUUCCUCAUCCUGUAUUACUUUGGUAUGGCCAGCUCACUCUGGUGGGUAGUGCUUACUCUCACAUGGUUCCUGGCUGCUAGCAAGAAGUGGGGCCAUGAAGCCAUCGAGUCCCAUGGUAGCUAUUUCCACCUAGCCGCCUGGGGGAUACCUGCUAUUAAAACCAUUAUUAUCUUAACUAUGCGUAAAGUGGGUGGAGAUGAACUGACAGGUCUCUGCUAUGUUGGGGGGUCAGAUCCAAGUGCCCUGACUGGCUUUGUGCUGGUGCCCCUCUCUUGCUAUUUGGUGACUGGCACAUCAUUUCUUCUGACGGGAUUUGUUGCCCUUUUCCACAUUAGGAGAGUGAUGAAAACAGGAGGUACCAACACAGAAAAGCUGGAGAAGCUAAUGGUUAAAAUUGGAGUAUUCUCCAUUCUGUACACUGUUCCAGCUACAUGUAUCAUUGUUUGUUGUUUUUAUGAGCGUCUGAAUUUGGCUCACUGGGAUUCAAGGGCACGGGAAGAGUCAUGUAGGGCAGUGCCUGGUAGCGCCAGACCAGACUGUAACUUGCCCCACUCCAUACCCAGUGUAGCAGUGUUUAUGCUGAAGAUCUUCAUGUCACUUGCUGUGGGUAUCACCAGUGGGGUAUGGGUAUGGAGCUCCAAGACACUGCAGGCCUGGCAAGGCAUUCUGUGCCAGCGCCGCCUUGUGGAAGUGGGAGCCAGGACUCGAGGGAAACCCCAGGGAGGGCUAGGUGUCCCCUGUAGUUUGGGGAGCUGCCCUUACAAGCCACCACCUCUAACCCUCCAGGUUGCAAAGACUGACCCCUUCAUGGACAGCCCAACACACGUGUGAAGCACAGGAACAUGAUAAAAGGCAUGAUCUAUUGCAACAGGGAAAUGCAUUUGUCACUGCAGGAUGUGGAAAAAUUUUGCUCACUGACACAGAGUGGACUGUGCUUGUUUUGCCAAUGGGAUGAUUCAUUAGCAGGGAGGGGGUAGAUGCUGGGGGUACUGUGCUGCAGCUCUAUGAAACCAUGGAUUUACUCAGUGCAUCACCUAACGGGAGCUGGGUAAGCAGAAGCAUGACCUGUAUAUCGAGAUUCUAAAUAGUGUUCAAGGCAAAGAUGCUUCUUUAAGGCUCACAAACUGAGAUCUAUUGUAAUAGGUUAAAGAAAAGUCAUUUAAAGUGCACUGUGUCUAACCCACCCUGCUGCUCUAAGUUGCUUUCAUGUGCACAAUCAUCCCUUGUGCAGAUGUUUUGGGGGUGUUGCCCCUUUUAAAAAAUCCACUUUACAUCCAAAGCAGCAGCAGUUACAGGGCUUGGCACCAAAAUACAUUUUCCAGUCUCCUUGGACCUUACAAAAUAACUGUGUUGUGCUCUGCAGCUCUCUGGUUAGAGAGGGGUCAUAACGUGCUGUCCUCUCUUCUAUAAACAAGACUGUCCCUUGCUACUGUCAGGCAAGUAAUGUGAAAUGUAUAAUCGCUAUCAUACCUGCUCACUUACUGUUAAUAGAAUAUAUUGCUUAAACUUACCGGUGUCUCCCAUUCAAAGAGAAAUAUUAUAUUAGGAUUGUGUCCUGUGGACAUAGCAGGGGUUAAAUAUAACCUAUUAACCUCGCAGGUGUACACUAUAAAAUAUUUUUGUUUGUCUUAUAUGUUGGUCAUAAAAAGUUAUACACAGGCAUUUGAGCCCAUGUAUAAGUGCGGUUCUGUCGCCAUAUUCAAUUCACACCUAGCUACAAAUGGUUCAGGGUAAAUCCUGGUCUUUACCACAAAUGUAUUAGGGUUAUGCAGUGAGAGCAGAGAUCAACUUGGCAUAGCCUGGCCGGAUAGGGUAUAGUGACCCAUGGGCAGAAGUGGGCACAGACCUUUACGAUUUGUAGAGGCUGCUGUGUUACAUAUAUAUAUAUUUCAUCACUAAAAUGUCUGAUGCACAAGUGGAGCCACCUUAAAUCGAAUUUUGUCGCCUUGUUUUGCCGAAAAAUUGACGCCCAUAGACUCGAAUGGCGUCGUGCGUCAAAAUAAAAAGACGUGCGUCAAAAAAAUUUGACGCCCAUAAAAAUUUGACGCCCAUAGACUUUAACUUUGGCGAAACAAAAGGGUCAAAUUCGCCCAUCCCUACAUGCUGGUGAUCUGUGGGAUUUCAGCAGGCAUGAUGAUAAUACAGUCCACCCAAACUACACUCCCAAUUAUACUAAAUCCCCCAGUGUAUUUCUGAGUAUGAUUGGAAUUGUGGCUAAAAACACCUGAAUGGAAUCUCUGUAGCCGAUCAACUGUCGUCUGUAGAGACAUAUCAUAUCCUAUAAGAAUGUUGGCUUAAUCGAACAUCUUAGCCAUUUAUAUGGGGACAUAUAUAGAUGCGUAGUGCAGCCGGCCAGUGAUACUGUACUUAUAUUAUAUUAAGGAUGCGCUGAAUCCACUAUUUUGGAUUCGGCCGAACCCCCGAAUCCUUUGCGAUAGAUUCGGCCGAAUACCGAACCA